AUGUCAAGAGUCGCUCUUCUGAUCCUUUGCCUUGUUUGUCUGCCUCUUAUAUUCGAAUAUGCAAAAGCACAAUCAUUAUCAUCAUCAUGGAUACGUGUUGGUUACGAGAGCAAUGACACUUCAGUGUGUGAAAUCAACACCACACUUUUCACUCAUCUCAUAUGCGGUUUUGGUUUCUGGAACCCUUCGUCCAAUGAGGUAUAUAUCGAUGAGAUUUAUUCACAGUGCUUUAACUUCAGCAGCAUAAUCAAAGAUCAAAACCCAUCCAUCAAAACAUUUGUCUCUAUUAAGGGAUUUGGUGAAGACCUUCAUUGGUGGGUCACGAAUUCUUCUUUCAGGACAUCUUUUGUUCACUCUUCCAUGCAAUUAGCCAGGCAUGACGCUUUUUGGAGGUUUCCAGAAACAGACUCAGACAUGGAAGGCAUGGCAAGUAUAUUUCAAGAGUGGAGAGAUGCUGCAAGAGCUGAGGCUUCAGAUUCUAACAGUACUUCAGAUGAACUAAUCUUAACUGCGGCAGUUCAUUACUCUCCACAUUCAGGGAACUCAUCCCAUCCUAUUGAAUCAAUCCGUAAAAACUUGAAUUGGAUACAUGUUGUUGCUUAUGAUUACACUACUCUUGACAGCUCAAAUGUCACAAGUGCACACUCAUCUUUAUAUAACCAUUCAAGUAGGCUUAACACAGACUAUGCUAUCACUCAAUGGAUUGAUAUUGGGGUACCAUCUACAAUGUUAGUCAUGGGAUUGGCUUGUCAUGGGUUUGCCUGGAAUCUUAAAGAUCCUCACAACAAUGCAAUUGGUUCACCAUCAACAGGUCCAGCUAAUAUAAACUCAAUUCCAUUGGGGAUGAUGCCGUAUAAAGACAUCAAAACUGAAAUUUUUGGGUUCUUCGGGGGCUCAACAUCAGUAGGUUAUAAUGAUACUUAUGUAAUAAAUUACUACCCACACGACUUCAUUUGGAUAGCUUUUGACGAUGUCGAGGCUAUCAAACUAAGGUGUCUUAUGCCAAGACAAAGAAGCUGCGUGGUUACUGUUUGUAUGAAAUUUCCUUUGAUGACAAUUGGAAGCUUUCCCAAACAGGUUCGUUCCCUAAAUUCUACUCACUUCUCAAUUCAAAAUCCUGUGCUCAUUAACAUUCAAGGAAUUUAUUGUGAUUUGCAAUAA